GGCGUCGUCAAGGAAAUAGCUGAGUUAGCGCUUCCGGGUUGUAGGGAACCUCCCGGGUCUGUCUCCACGUGAAUCUGAAGAUGGCUCGAGGAGAUGCUGAAGACAUGGUAGAGGAGAAAGUGGAAAAACUGAAGAAGAAGAAAAAGAAGGAGAGGGAGGAGGAGAGAGAGAAGGACCUUAAAGGCGGACAACAGGUUAAAAUGAGAAACAGCAGCAAAAAGGAAGGGAUAGAGAGAAUGUUGAAGUGUGCCUCUCGUGAUGCAGAGGAGGCCGCUACAGGAAACGACCUCAUUGGCAAAGUAAGAGGAGAUAAGGAGAGAAGGAAAGAGGCAGCCGUGUCUUUGCAGGAGGAAGAGUGUGAGGGAGGAGGAGGAGGGGUGAAGAUGAGGGCUGGUGUGCUGGGUGAUGGGGGUUCAGAGUCCAAGACUGCAGAAGAGGCAAAAGCAGAGAAACAGAAGAAGGUAAAGAAGGCAAAAACAGCAGGGGAGGGCCUCCCCCCCAGCACUGAGCAUGGCCGGGGGGCAGGAGUGCAGGUCACCAAGAAGAGGAGUAAGAAAGUCAGAGCUGAGGCCAGUAAUGAGGAGGAGAAAAUGGAUGAAAUAAGCAAUGGAGGCGCAGGGAGCCCUGAGGAUAAGGAGGGAGCAGAUGGGAGUGGAGUACUAAUAUCUGAGAAGAUGAGGAAGAACAAAAAAACCAAGAAGGUGAAGGCUAUGGGGGCUGCAGCAGAUCUGGGCAAUGGCCACAUGGACACCGCUGAGGGAGAAGAGGAAAAGAGUGCAGAGAAAGCUCUGAAAAAGGAGAGGAAGAAGAAAAAGGUUCCUGUCCAGGAGAGCAGAACCGGCAUGGGAGCUGGAGGAGAAGGUGAGGAUGGGAAUAAAGGCAUCACUGGGGUGGAGGAGGCACAGGAGGGUCAUGGAGAGAAGAAGCAACUGAAAAAGAAAAACGCAGGAGUCACUAGGCCGAGGGGAGGGGAGAAGGAGAAGAGGGGCAAAAGGGAAGUGAUGAAGGGGGAGAAGAAGAGAGAGAAGGGGAAAGCACAGCCUGGAGAGGAGGAUGUGGCCGGAAGUGUGCAGGAGGAAGAGAGGAUGAAGAAGAAUAAAAAGGAAAGGAAAGCACAGCCUGGAGAGGAGGAUGUGGCCGGAAGUGUACAGGAGGAAGAGAGGAUGAAGAAGAAUAAAAAGAAAAGGAAAGCACAGCCUGGAGAGGAGGAUGUGGCUGUCAGUAUGUUGGAGGAAGAGGAGAAGAGGAUGAAGAAUAAGAAGAAAAGGAAAGCACAGGCUGGAGAGGAGGAUGUUGCUGUCAGUGUUCAGGAGGAAGAGAGGAUGAAGAAGAAUAAAAAGAAAAGGAAAGCACAGGCUGGAGAGGAGGAUGUGGCUGUCAGUGUUCAGGAGGAAGAGAGGAUGAAGAAGAAAAGGAAAGCACAGGCUGGAGAGGAGGAUGUGGCUGUCAGUGUUCAGGAGGAAGAGAGGAUGAAGAAGAAUAAAAAGAAAAGGAAAGCACAAGCUAAAGGAGGUGACACAGCUGUGGUCAUAGAAGAGACAAUGAAGGAACCAAAUGAGAAGGAGAGAGUUCAUUCUGGCAGUGGCAAGGGACAGUCUGGCAGCCAAGAAAUAGCGCCAUCCAAAGGAAGGAGGAAGAAGAGUGAAGGAGGACAAGAAGCGAAGAUAAGUAGCGAGGCGAGUGCUGUGAUGGAGGACCAGGAGGGAGGCGACUUAAACAGAAAACAAAAGAAAAAGAGGAGAAAGUCAGAUGGGGACAAGGUGGAGUGUGAGGACAGCAUGCGGCCAGAACAGGGGGAGGUGACCUUAACGUCGCAGAGCAGAAAAAAGCAGAGGGAAGGAGCUCCAGCAGAAGAGAUGGAUGUGGUAUUUCUAUCAGAAAAGAUGGGCAAUAAAGAUGAAGUCACCAUUGACCAGGAACGACGACAAGCCUUGCAGAAUGAAAUUGAUAAGGUAUCCUGUCCCAGGGGCACACAGAUGCUUGGGCAGUGGGGUACCGCCCACUUUGAGAAUGCCAGCCAGCAGCAGAAGUUCCUGAGACUCAUGGGUGGGUUCAAGAAAGGCAAUAAGCCAAUAGGGUCUGAGGAGGGGCGGGCCAACAUGGCGCUGGGGAAGCAAGGACAGCAGCGCAUGCAGCAGGACCUCCUGGUGGAAUUUGAGCGAGCCCAGAGCCGCCGGAUGGACUUCCAGAACAAGGGGGCGGGCCUUGGCUUCUCCCCUCAGUCUGAUAAAAAGUUCUUCAUUGAUGUCAAUGCUAGUCGGUCUGUACGGUUUGAUGACUGAACCCAGGACCAGACAGGACAAAUGGACAGGUCUCUGUGUGACAUCGUGCUUCCUAUUCCGGACCACGGGGUGGAGACGUCAGCCUUGUACUGGAUACCAGAGGAAGACGCCUCAAGGCACAUUUCUGUAUUGUUUUCUUCUAUAAAGUGUUUUAAAAUAAAUGUAUCAUGAACUAUGA